GGCAGCUUGCGGCGCCGCGGACCGGCUGGAGGGCGCGAGGAGCACGGGCGCAGCAUGACUGCCAUCGCGGUGCAGGCCCAGAGGCUGCUGGCCCAGAGGCGCCCCCAGCGGCCCUUCUUGGAAUCCUUCAUCCGGGUCCUCAUCAUCGUGUGCGCUGCCCUGGCCCUGGUCCUCUCCUCCGUCUCCAUCUGUGAUGGCCACUGGUUGCUGGCUGAGGGCCGCCUCUUUGGGCUCUGGCACUUCUGCACUUCCUCCAACCAGACAGGGCCACGCUGCCUCAGAGACCUGAGCCAGGCCCAUGUGCCCGGGCUGGCCGUGGGCAUGGUCCUGGCCCGCAGUGUGGGCGCCCUGGCUGUGGUGGCCGCCAUCUUAGGCCUGGAGCUCCUCAUGGUGUCUCAGGUGUGUGAAGACCUCCGCUCACGACGCAAGUGGGCUGUGGGCUGUAUCCUCCUCCUCAUCUCCUUCAUCCUCUCCUCCGGGGGGCUCCUGAGCUUCGUGAUUCUCCUCUGGGACCAGGUCACGCUCAUUGGCUUCACCCUGAUGUUCUGGUGCGAGUUCACGGCCUCCUUCCUCUUCUUUCUGAAUGCCAUCAGCGGCCUUCACGUCAACAGCAUCACCCAUCCCUGGAGCCAACCAAGGAAGUUUUAGGCCUCCCUCCUAACUCCGAGAACAUCAGCUUCUACAAGAAAGCGUGGUCAAGAUGGGACUUUUCCAGCAUGUGACCUCGGACAGGGGUAGGGGUGGGACAGUGACCUUGAAACUGCUGCUUCUUGAUCCGUAACAUUUGGGUGGCUGGCCAGAACGAGCCUGGCGGCCUCUGCAGCGGGCCUGUGGGGUCGGAAGCCAGGAGUGUGCCUCAGUGCCACCGGCUGCACAGCCUUAGCCAAGUUAUUAGAUGUGGAGUUUAGAAGCAACAGGUUUUAAGACUCUUUUCUUGAAUCCUUCUUCCCAGGAUGGGAAUAGAUUUGGAAGCAGCUAGGGUAACUGGUGCCUGGGCUGGCCACACAGCUAAGUGCAGUUCACGCUUGUUUUAUGGACUCUGUGCCAGGAUAGGGGCUGUGGGGUCCCUGAGGUCUCCUGGCGUUGCCCAGAGCACAUCAUCCUUCCAGCGAAGCAUAUCCAGUCAGUGCUUAGGACUGUCUUCCACCAGCCCAAAGGGUCUGUGUGCACAUUUCCCUGAUCUAGCUUUGGUCAUGCUAUUGAGGAUCCCCUUAACGUCUUGCACAUCAAAGGUUUUUAAACCAUCUGACUUGAUUUGAACCCUGCCUUUGGGGGGGACCCAUAAUCCUUGAAUAACUACAGCUCCCAGCAGCCGGCCAUCUUGGAGCCGGUUCCCAGGAUGGCCCCCCAGCCUCCCAAUACACAGUCCUCCCUGAGGCGA